AUGGGCAUGGAUGGUGGACAGCCCACCCUCAGCAUAGCGGUGCCCGGGUCGGUCAUCGACAAUACGCAGAGCGUGGAGCAAGCGACAAUGGUGAGGAAGAUGAAGGCCGAGGUUGCAGGUCAGAUAGCAAGGGCCGCAGCUGUCUUCAACGUCAAUGAAGUGGUGGUUGUCGAUGACAGUGGAAGCUCUCAACAGGGGCGAGUUGGCUAUGGGGCUGCCUUUCUAGCCCGGCUGCUACAAUAUCAAGAGACUCCACAAUACCUGCGCAAGUUGCUUAUUCCAGUACAUCCAGAUCUCAAGUAUGCUGGACUCCUGCAUCCCCUCGACAUCCCCAGCCACAUGCGCGCCACAGAAUGGAGGGAGUACAGGGAAGGCGUUGUGCUCGACUGCUUAGGAGGCGCAGGUGCAAAGGUGGAAGUUGGUCUUAGUGAGGUGAAUGUGAGCUGUGGAGAAUAUACAGGGUGCUGCUGCUCUCUGAUUAAACAGAGUGACGGCGCUGAAUGGGGCUCCUUUGAUGCUGUACUGUGCAGUGUUGAUCUGUACGAAAAUUGUUACAGCAAGGAAAAAUUGAGAAAUGAGUAG